AUGGAAGAUUGGGAAGAAGCCCAUGAAGCUGUGAAGGCUGACAUUAACGAGCUGAAGGAUCAAGUGGGCCAAAUCCUAGAGGCUUUGAAGUCACUGAAGGCUUCAGGGGAGACCUCAUCCGCUAGGGUCGAGGAGAAUGCUCUUUCUUAUGGUAUGCCUCUAGGCGCGUCAGUUCCGUUCCCAAUGUACGGUCUGCCUCUGGGAUACACUCCUCCAGUUGGAGAAUAUUCAGAUGGAGAACAAACUUCUUUCUCUUUUCCUGCAGCUAACAACACGCUAUCGAACGUUACUCAAGGGCCGAUGUUAGCUUCGACACCCGUGACAGGAGCGGAGAUGAAUGAGACAAUCACAUUCACAGGACCGAGGAUGACUGUGGCGCCCCAGCCUCCGAAAACCUUCAUCGAUGCAGAUGUUGCGACUAAAGCUAUACCGCACGUUACAGUCCAAGCAAUGUCCACUGUUGUUGAUGGGGCUAAAAGUAAGCUUGAAAUUCUUGAGGAAAGGAUUUGUGCCAUUGAGGGUGGUGGAAGCUAUGGGUUCGGUGAUGUGGCGAGAUUAAGCCUGGUUCCUGGUGUGAUGAUAUCACACAAGUUUAAGGUCCCAGAAUUUGAAAAGUAUCACGACACCACAUGCCCUAAAAGCCAUCUAACAAUAUACGGUAGAAAGAUGGCUGUUUAUGCCUAUGAUGAAAAAUUGCUAAUACAUUGUUUCCAAGAUAGUCUGGCUGGGGUAGCAUUGAAUUGGUAUACACACUUGGAGCCAUCUCGAAUCCAUUCCUAGAUGGAUUUGGCCGACGCCUUUGUGAAACAGUAUAAAUACAACAUAGAUAGUGCGCCAGAUAGAUUGCAAUUGCAAAACAUGGCCAAGAAGGAUACUGAGUCCUUCAAGGAAUAUGCACAACGGUGGAGAGAAUUGGCUGCUCAGGUUGAGCCACCUCUACUUCAUAAGGAGAUGGUGACGACGUUUGUAAACACGCUGCAAUCACCAUUUUAUGAGCAUGUGUUGGGGAAUGUGUCUUCCAAUUUCGCUGAUAUCAUUAUCAUAGGGGAAAGAAUAGAAAUCGGGUUAAAAAGUGGAAAGAUUGCAUAUGGCCCAUUCGCGGCUGCAACUCCUAAGAAACCCAAUUUUAUUCCCGGAAAGAAGAAAGAAGCGGAAGUACAAGCGGCUUCAGUGAUGCCUGUGUGGGAAAGUCGGGCUCCUACACAUAAUUAUCGACCACACUUGAACCAACCUCCUUAUGUGGCCAAUGCAGUGUCUGUUCAUCAAAUACGACCUCAGCAGCAAGGGUUUUAUCAACCGUCAAAUCUUUAUCAACCACAACAUGCUCUAAAUAAUGCUUGGAAAACAGAACCUAACUCGAAUUUCAACAGAAACGCGGGACAAAACGCUAAUCUAAGGAGGAAUCAAGAGAGGAACUUCGUUCGUUUCACUCUUAUUCCUAUGUCAUAUACGGAAUUGUUGCCUCAUCUCCUCCAAAAGCGUUUGGUGGCCAUUUGUCCGAUGAAGCCUGUGCAACCUCCGUUCUCCAAGAAUUAUGAUCCAAAUGCCAAAUGUGAUUAUCAUGGAAGGGGAGUUGGUCACUCUGCUGAGAAUUGUGUGUCCCUUAAACACAAGGUGGAAGCUUUAAUCAACUCAGGAUGGAUAAAGUUCCACGAAGACAAGCCUAGUGUUGAGGCUAAUCCCCUUUCUGGUCUUGGGAACCCUUCGACAAAUGCCAUUGAGGUUAAGAAACAGCGCCUGGUGAGGGAUGUGAGUGAAAUUCGAAGCUCCAAGCGGUUUAUUUUUGAGACACUAUUGAAAUUGGACAGAAACUUUGUGCAAGUAUGUCACGGGCACAUGGAGGAUGAAGUAUUUGCACAAGAUGGUGCGGAACCUGGUGUGACUUUGCUAGAGCCAUUGGUGAUUCAUUUCACUAGAUCCACCUCUACCCCGACAAUUCAAGAAAGGCAAUCUAUUAUUAUCCAAACACCCUCCCCAUUUCCCUACAAAAGUGAGAAAGUUGUCCCAUGGAAAUAUGGUGCAUACGUGUUGGGUGAGGAACAACGGGUAGGUGGUCAACCUAGCAAUGGUGAGUCAGUGGUGAAAAAUAUAUCAGGCAUCGGUGGAAUUACGAGGAGUGGUCGAAUCUUUACGCCUCUAAACUUGAUGAAAGAUGGAGUUGGCAAUAGUGAAUCAGUGAAUACCAAAAAGGCUAAGGAACUCUUGAAAGGGAAGACCAUCCAAACCGACGAGGAUAUAAGAAAAGACGAUGGGAAAGAAGUAUCUGAUGAGGAGGCUUGCGAGUUCUUGAAGUUCAUACAACAAAGCGAGUAUAAAGUGGUCGAACAGUUGAAUCACCUGCCUGCUCGAAUCUCACUUUUAGAACUACUCAUGCAUUCAACCUCUCAUAGAAAGUUGUUAAUGAAGAUACUCAAUAGAGCGCAUGUGGCGCAAAAUAUUUCUCUGGAUAGUUUUGAGGGAAUUGUUAACAAUAUCAAUGUCAACAAUUACCUCACGUUUACCGAUGAGGAGAUACCUACUGAAGGGAGGGGGCACAACAAGGCCCUCCAUGUCUCUGUAAAAUGCUUGGAUCAUGUCAUAGCACGUGUAUUGAUCGACAAUGGAUUUUCCCUGAAUGUAAUGCCGAAAACAACAUUGGGAAAGCUACCGUGUGAAGGUAUUCACAUGAAACCAAACGCAAUGAUAGUGAGAGCUUUCGAUGGAAGUAAAAGAGAAGUAUUGGGAGAGGUAGAAUUGCCAAUCCAAAUAGGGCCAUGUGUCUUUCAAAUAACUUUCCAAGUGAUGGACAUCCUUCCAGCAUACAGCUGCUUGUUGGGUCGUCCUUGGAUUCACUCAGCGGGCGUGGUACCUUCAACCUUGCACCAAAAGUUAAAAUAUGUCAUGGGUGACAAAUUAGUGAUUGUUUUAGGGGAGGAAGAUAUUUUAGUAAGUGGGCCUUCAUCUUUUCGCUAUAUUGAAGCAGCAGAGGAAGCCCUCGAGACAACCUUCCAAUCUUUGGAAAUUGUGGGUAAUGCCUAUGUGGAGCCCUUUCCAAUGAACCCACACUUGUCGCGUACUUCCCUUAUGUUAGCCAAGGUCAUGUUGAAAGAGGGAUAUGAGUACGGAAAGGGGCUAGGCAAGUACGAGCACGGAUUGAUGUAUCCUUUAGAAGUCACCGAGAAAAAGAAUAAAUACGGCCUUGGAUACAAGCCUACUAGAGAGGAUAAGAGGAGGCUGGCAGAAGAAAGGAGAGAGCGCGGUGUGUCUCGAAUCCAAGGAAAAGAACUAGGGUUAGGAAAGAUUCACAUCUGCGACAUCAAAGAUAGCUUCCGCAGCGCGGGAUGGAUCAACACUAGUCAGAUAGCAGCUGUCAGAGAUGAAGAUGAACCUGAAAGCUCGAUUUUUGUGCAGCCUUGUGCUCCAAAUGCAUAUGAUAAUGAAUGUUUUGAAAAUAACAAUGUCGAUAUCCCUAAUUUCGAGCACUCUGUUAAUAAUAUGGAAGAUGAUUAUGAAGGUGAUUCGGAACCCUCCCCUGAACUAAUGAGAUUAGUGGAACAAGAAUCUAGGGAAAUAAAACCCCAUCAAGAAGAUGUUGAAGUGCUUGACCUAAGCGAGGGGGAUGAAAAGAAAGAAGUGAAAAUUGGCACGAGUAUGAAGAAAGAAGUGAAAGAAGAAUUGUAUGUGCUGCUAAAGGAGUUUAGGGAUGUGUUCGCUUGGUCGUACAAUGAUAUGCCUGGUUUAGAUACUGAUAUAGUACAACAUAAGCUUCCACUCAAACCGGAAUGCCUUCCAGUCAGACAAAAGCUAAGAAGGAUGAAACCAGAAAUUUCAUUAAAGAUUAAAGAAGAAGUGCAAUACCCUCAAUGGGUGGCAAAUAUUGUACCCGUGCCCAAGAAGGAUAGGAAGGUUCGGAUGUGCGUUGACUAUAGAGAUUUGAACCGGGCCAGCCCAAAAGACAACUUCCCAUUACCGCACAUCGAUACAUUAGUGGAUAAUACAGCCAAGUUCUCACUAUUUUCGUUUAUGGAUGGCUUCUCGAGAUAUAAUCAGAUUAAGAUGGCACCUGAAGAUAUGGAAAAGACCACGUUUAUCACAUUGUGGGGGACAUUUUGCUAUAAGGUGAUGUCUUUCGGGCUUAAGAAUGCUGGGGCAAUCUAUCAAAGGGCCAUGGUGGCGCUUUUUCAUGAUAUGAUGCACAAAGAAAUCGAGAUUUAUGUAGAUGACAUGAUCGCCAAGUCUGAGUCAGAAGAAGAACACAUCCUCAACCUAAGGAAAUUAUUUGAGAGAUUGAGGAAAUUUAAACUUAAACUAAACCCAGCUAAAUGCACAUUCGGUGUGAGAUCUGGAAAGUUGUUGGGUUUUGUUGUCAAUCAAAAGGGGAUAGAAGUCGAUCCCGACAAGAUGCGUGCGAUAAUCGAAAUGCUUGCUCCCAGUACAAAAAAGGAGGUGCGGGGUUUCUUAGGCAGACUGAACUACAUUGCUAGGUUCAUCUCCCAAUUGACCGCCACUUGCGAACCAAUAUUCAAGCUAUUGCGUAAAAACCAGGUUGUUGAGUGGAAUGAAGACUGUCAGAUUGCUUUUGAUAAAAUCAAACAAUAUCUACAAGAUCCUUCUGUGUUACGCCCACCCGAAUCGGGGAAGCCACUCAUUAUGUAUUUGACGGUACUCGAUGAGUCAAUGGGUUGUGUGUUGGGUCAACAUGACGAAACUGGAAAAAGAGAGCAUGCCAUAUACUACCUGAGCAAGAAGUUCACGGAAUGUGAACAACGAUACUCAUUUUUAGAGCGAACUUGUUGCGCAUUGGCAUGGGCUGCCCAUCGUCUAAGACAAUACAUGUUGAGUCAUUCUACCUGGUUGAUAUCCAAGACUGACCCUAUCAAGUAUAUUUUUGAAAAGCCCGCUCUCACUGGAAGGAUAGCCCGGUGGAAAAUGUUAUUGUCAGAAUACGACAUUGUGUAUGUCACUCAGAAGUCCAUCAAGGGUAGUGCUUUGGCUGAAUAUCUGGCCCAACAACCCGUUAACGAUUACCAGUCGAUGCAACCCGAAUUUCCUGAUGAGGACAUCAUGGCCUUGUUUGAAGAUGACCAAGAAGAUGAGAACAUAAAGAAAUGGACGUUAUUAUUCGACAGGGCUUCUAACGUCAUGGGACAUGGUAUAGAGGCAAUACUAAUAUCUCCAGAAAACCAAUACAUUCCGAUGACAACAAGGUUGUGUUUUAAUUGCACAAACAAUAUCGCUGAAUAUGAAGCAUGCGCUAUGGGCAUCCAAGCCGCAAUUGAGUCAAAGGCGAAAUUUUUGAAUGUAUAUGGAGAUUCAGCGUUGGUUAUCCAUCAACUAAGGGGAGAAUGGGAAACUAGGGAUCAAAAGUUGAUUCCCUACAAAACUUAUAUCAUGGAAUUGGUGAAGUAUUUUGAUUUUAUUGAAUUCCACCAUAUUCCGCGAGAGGAUAACCAAUUGGCAGAUGCCUUAGCUACUUUAUCAUCGAUGUUCAAGAUUAAUCAAGAUAGGGUAAUGCCGAUGAUCCAAAUGAAGAGCCAUGAAGGGCCAGCAUAUUGCCAUUUCAUCGAAGAAGAGUUAGACGGUAAACCGUGGUAUUUUGAUAUUAAACGCUAUAUAAAAACCAGAGAAUACCCUAAAGAAGCAUCUGAGAAUGAUAAAAGGACACUGAGAAGGUUGGCUGCAAAUUUUAUCCUGAGUGGGGAUGUGUUGUACAAGAGAAAUCAUGAUAUGGUUCUCCUUCGAUGCGUGGAUGCAAAAGAGGCUGAGUCAAUAUUGGAGGAAGUUCAUGAAGGAACUUUUGGCACACACAUGAAUGGACACUCGAUGGCUAGAAAGAUCUUGAGGGCUGGUUACUUUUGGUUGACUAUGGAGAAUGAUUGUUGCACACACAUGAGAAAGUGCGAGAAAUGUCAGAAAUAUGCAGAUAAUAUCAAUGCGGCACCCACUACUUUAAACUUAAUGUCUGCCCCAUGGCCGUUUUCAAUGUGGGGCAUAGAUGUCAUCGGGGCUAUAGAGCCAAAAGCCUCAAACGGACAUCGCUUCAUUCUAGUUGCAAUUGAUUAUUUCACUAAAUGGGUGGAAGCUGCUUCCUACGCUAGUGUGACUAGGAAAGUUGUGACUAAAUUCAUAAAAAAGGAGUUAAUUUGUAGGUACGGGUUGCCUAGCAAGAUAAUCACUGAUAAUGCCACCAAUCUGAACAAUCAAAUGAUGGCUGAAUUGUGUGAAGGAUUUAAAAUUCAACAUCAUAAUUCUUCUCCUUAUCGUCCAAAGAUGAAUGGGGCAGUCGAGGCCGCUAAUAAGAAUAUCAAGAAAAUUGUACAGAAAAUGGUGGUCACGUAUAGAGACUGGCAUGAGAUGCUUCCCUUUGCUUUGCAUGGGUAUCGCACCUCGGUACGUACAUCAACUAGGGCAACACCUUUUUCUCUGGUGUACAGAAUGGAGGCAGUACUACCCUUCAAAGUAGAAAUCUCAUCCCUACGAGUGUUAAUGGAGACCCAAUUGGAAGAUGCAGAAUGGGUUCAGACCCGAUUUGACCAGCUUAAUCUCAUUGAGGAAAAAAGGCUAGCAACAGUGUGUCAUGGACAAUUAUACCAAAGAAGGAUGAAAAAGGCGUUCGACAAGAGGGUGCGCCCUAGAGAGUUCCAUGAAGGCGAGCUAGUCUUGAAAAAGAUCUUACCUAUACAAAAGGAUCAUAGGGGCAAGUGGACUCCAAAUUAUGAAGGCCCGUAUGUGGUGAAGAAAGCAUUUUCUGGUGGGGCACUAAUUCUCACAAGGAUGGAUGGAGAGGAGUUACCGUUACCGGUCAAUUCUGAUGCGGUCAAAAAUUUUUAUACUAGAUGA